CUCCUCUCUCUCAAAAAAAAAAAAAGCACCAAAAGCUAUGGAGUUCUUGCUUGCUUUCUUAGCUCACUCAUGUCUUUUCUUAAUCCCAAUAGCUAUAUUCUUACUUGUCAAGGACGGUCGAUUGAACCCGAGGCUCCCUCCUGGUCCGAUAGGAUUACCAUUCAUUGGUAAUCUUCAUCGGUUGGGCAAGCUUCCAUACCGCUCCUUCUGGCUCCUAUCGGAGAAGUAUGGCCCCUUGAUGAGCAUAAAACUUGGUUGCAUGCCAACCAUCAUCAUAUCCUCCUCGGAGAUGGCCUCUGAGAUCUUGAAGACCCAUGACCUUGUCUUUUGCAGUAGGCCUUCUCUCGUGGCCUUCAAAAGAUACUCCUAUGGUGGAUUGGAUAUCGCCUUUUCACCCUAUAGCGAGCAGUGGAAGCAACUGAGGAAGAUUAGCAUGUUAGAAUUUUUUAGUGCGAAGAGGGUGCGGGCCUUUCAGUCCAUAAGAGAGGAAGAAGUGAACACCUUGGUGCAAACUGUCAUGAAGCAAUCCUCGAGUGGUCCUGUGAAUCUUAGCGAGAUGUCUUUUUGCCUCUUUAAUAAUAUCACCGCCAAACAAGUCUUUGGCAGGAGGAUUUCGGUUGACGGAGAGUGCACGAGCAGCAAAUACCAAGGUCUCCUAAGGGAGACAUUUUCUUCAUUGGGUGGGUUUCCUUUUGGCGAUUUCUUUCCCAUGAUGGGGUGGUUGGAUGUGCUCACCGGCAUGCGAAGGAGGCUUGAGAGGAGUUUCCGUGCCAUGGACCAACUUCUCGAGGAGGAGAUUGAGAAGCACAUGCAUGGUGGAGGAAAUUGUGAUGACCUCAUGAGCACUCUCCUUGGGCUUCAAAAUGAUCCAACCCAAGGAUUCUCGCUGACCCGGGAUCAUAUCAAAGCUGUUGUCAUGAAUGUGUUCGUUGCUGGAUCAGACACCUCUGCAUCCAUCUUGGUUUGGGGAAUGACUGAGUUGAUGAGGAACCCAAUGGUUAUGAAGAAAGCCCAAGAUGAAGUUCGAGGACUCAUUGGAAACAAAGGGAAGGUGGAAGAAAGUGACAUUCAACGACUUCAUUAUCUCAAGCUCGUAGUAAAAGAAGUUCUUCGAUUGCACCCUCCAGGUCCAUUGCUAAUCCCUCGGGAAUGUACGCAACAUUGCAAGAUAAAUGGAUUUGAUAUUCCGAAAAAGACAAGGGUAUAUAUAAAUGCUUGGGCUAUCAACAGGGACUCCCGACAUUGGCAAGGCGCAGAAGUCUUCAUGCCUGAGAGGUUUAAGGACAAUGAUAUCGAUUACAAGGGUCAGCACUUUCAGUUCCUACCAUUUGGGAGUGGCCGAAGGAUAUGCCCAGGCAUGUCAUUGGGUGUGGUUGUCCUAGAGCUUGCCCUUGCCAAUCUUCUCUAUAGGUUCAAUUGGGACUUGCCUGCUGGAAUGAGCAAAGAAGAUAUUGAUAUGGAAGAGCAAUUUGAUUUUGUAAUGCAUAGGAAAUCAAAUCUUGUUCUAGUGGCGGCCCCAAUACCUCUGGUUGCCUAGGCUUCCUCCAUCAUCCAAGCGCACUUUAUUCACCAUCAGGGUUGAUUAUAAUUGCAAAUAAGGAUUGUUUACAUUUACAUGACAAGAAUAUGCAUCUUAUCUUGGUGAUUGGGUUGUAUUGCUUCCUUGCUGUAUUACUUUCUUCUCUAAGAUAACCUCUGCUCUGUUUUCCCUCUCUUAAAUCCCUACCAUCUACCCCUUCUCUCUGUAACUCUCCCCCCUCUCUGUUGUACUUUUCGUUAUCUUAAUGAAGCAAGUGGAGCAUUUUGCUUGAUUUC